AUGUCCUUGUUUUCUUUCAGAAACUUUGAGUCUCUCUCCAAAGACAAUGUGUAUUACAACAACCACUUGGCGUUCUGUGUGGCUGAAGAUCAUCUGGGAAUCCCAGCUCUUCUGGAUGCAGAGGACAUGGUGGCUUUGCCUGUCCCAGACAGACUCAGCAUCCUCACAUAUGUCUCACAAUACUAUAAUUACUUCCACGGCCGCUCGCCAAUCGGGGGAGUAGGCGGUAUCAAGCGGCACGCUGAGGUCUCAAAGGAGGUGCCAUCAGAGAAGAAGAAUCUGCCUGUGGUUGCCAAAGACCACAGUCUUAAAACAAAUACAGAGAACCGUCCUCCUCAAACUGAAAUGCCAAAAAAUAUCCGAGACAACCAUCCUCCAUCUCUUAACAUCCAGAAAAGUGAUCCAGAGAAGCACAUUGUAGCUGCUCCAGCUCGGCAGACUGUCACGGACUGGCAGAAAUCUCCAGGGCCGAAAUUUGUGCCGGCGCCCAUCACGCCACUCGGAGCGAGAUCUCCACAACCACACGGAGAUGCUGAGAAGAAAACUGUUUUGGUGGAGAGUUCAAAUAAAACUGGCACAUUGAAAGGUGAAUGUGCGGUAUGUGGAAAUCAUGUACAUCUGGUCCAGAGACAGCUGGUGGAUGGAAAACUCUACCACCGGAGCUGCUUUAAGUGUAGUGUAUGCUAUGGCACACUGAAAUCUGGGGCAUAUAAACUGGGAGCAGAUGCUGGCUCACUGGUCUGCACUAUUCACCAACAUGGCCAAAAUGGCUUCAAGCCUACAGUUAAGCCUUUUAAGAGCAGUGGCUUUACGCUCGCUGAUUUGGUGCCCAAAUCUGACAGUGGAGCUCAGCCAUCUUCACAGCACUACACCUCUGUAUUAUCUGCCCCCAUCAAAGCUGCGCCCAGACCAGUGGAGCUCAGACCCGCUCCGCAGUCGUGGACCGCCUCUGCUCAGAGGACUCAGGAAGCCAGGCAGAAGUUUUUUCAGUCCGGUGGUCCAGCAGCAGAGCAUUGGACCACCACAAGACAGCAGUCAGGCCCCUCAGAGUCCUGCACCAAUCAGAACACAAGACUGAAGGAGGAGAAAGACAGAAACAGUGCCCUGACAAAUGGAAAACUACUUGAAGGAAACACAAAUAACAACAAUGCGCUUAAUUCUGACCCAGGAGCACAGAGGCAGCUAAAAAUCAGAUGCACUUCUGCUGAAGUCUCUAGCUGGAGGCAGGACUUACACGGACGAGUUGCAACAGGAAGGAGCUCAUAUCAGGCCACUUCAAUCAGCCCUGCUAUCAGCAGUAGCGGCAUGAACUCCAAAGAAUCCCUCUACCUCAGUGCCAUCAGCAAGGAGCGCAGCAGACCUCCAUCCCAGCUGCUUUCUACUGCCAAAGCCAAAGAUGUUCAGAGCUGCGAUGCCCCAACUGACUGGAGAUCAAAGCCAAAGGCAGCUCCAAAUGGACCAAGACUCAAAUCUCCAGAUAAUGCCAAGGAUAUCCCGUUGACUUCUGGAAAAAACAAAAGUGACCAUUGUUUGACAGCCCAAAAUGCUUCAGCCUCCAUAUCGGACAACUCUUGUUGCUCCAUCAAUGUUGCCCCGAAACCCAGAAGGGAACAGCAGCAGGGUACCUGUGGUUCCUCUGCCCCUCUCCAGCCAUUCAGUCCUGUUGUCUUAUGUUUGGGAGAGACCUGUGGUGUGCAGGGUUCUAAACCUGACUGUUGCUUGUCCUCAUGUAUCUUGCCCUCUCAGUCCUGUCACAAACCUUCAUCUCCAAAACAACCUCGCCACUGGUCGGCGACUUUAGGUUACGACAAUGGAAAUAUUUCAUCUACAAAUGGCUUGCUGCAUGAAACAAAGUUGCCUACUAUGAAGCCUUGCUAUGUCACACCAGAUCAGAUCUCAAAAGAGUUGCAGGACAUUGAGAACAAGCUGUACGAUCUGGAGAACGAAGGGGUGGAGUUGGAGAGGAGGCUUCGCAUUUAUGAAGAAGAGGGUCAUGGGGACCUGCUGAUGGAUCCCUUGAUGGUGGACUGGUUUAACCUGAUUCGGAAAAAACAAAGCUACAUACGGAGGGAAUCAGAGUUGAUGUACAUAGCAAGAACACAAGAUCUGGAGGAGCAGCAGCCUGGAGUCGAAGGAGAGCUCAGGAGAUUGAUCAAUAAACCAGAACAUGUAAAGACUUUGGAUGAGAAAAAGAGGGAAACCGAGCUAUUGAACAGACUGAUGAAGAUAGUGAAUGACAGGAAUGCCAUUGUUGAAGGGCUGGAGGAGGACAGGAUAAGGGAGGAGGAGGAAGAUCAACAGUUGAAUGAGAUGAUGCAAAGACUGGGUCUUCCGAAGUUUAAAAACAAAUGCAAGUCGUCCUUCUCAAAGUUAUUUAGACGGAGAAGUAAAAAAGCUUCAAUGGGAUGGUGAACUUGAGAGCUGCUGGAGUGAAGUGAUCCAGAAGUUCUGCUGUAGCCUGUUGAAGUCCAGAUUUCUCCAGGUCACAUUAGAUGGUUUAAAACUAAGUGGGAUUAGUAUAACAAUUAUGCCAGGUGAUUCAGUGAGUUGGAGUUCUUGGAGCAAAAUAAUGUUCCGUUUAAACACUUUUCUUUUGUAGUUAUUUUCACUUCUUAUUUGAUUUAAGCUAAUACUAGUUCUGUUCAUUUGCUUUAAGUUUUCAACAUAUUGGUCCUAUAUGCUUCUUUUGCCUUUUCUUUAAAUGCGUGGGCUAGUUUGAAUAAUUAUUGUUCAAAAAUAUUUCUUUUAUUGUCGUCUUCCACCCCCUCACUUGUUCAGACAUAAACCGUAACUUAUAUUAGCAGAUAAACAAACAGAUGCCCAAGGCUGGCUGAAACACGCUACUUGACUGUGAUCCAAAAAUCUGUGUAGAAUCUUAAUUUAACCCUAACCCCCUAAAAAAAAUAUUGACCUGCUAAAUCUAGAGGUCUUGAAGACGCAGUGCUUGCAGUGACCUGAAGGGGGCACUAUGAGCUCACAUGCAUUUGCACAGGCAGAGUUUUCCUGUUCUUAUUUUAUAUUCCUGAGAAUGCUAAAUCAAGCUGGAGAUUAGAUGGCAGAGGAUCUUGUGUGCUGGAAAGGCAUGGAUUAUUGGUUUUAUUCUCUUUUUAAGCCCUCUAACCUAGUUCAAUUAAAAGUGUCCCUCAUUUAACUUUAUCUAAGAAAUAUAGUCUGACCAAAGGUGUCUUUUACUUGGUGUUUAAAUAUGACUUAACUGUUUGAAAAACCUACAGAAUGAAUGUUUUAAGAAGUUUUAAAACUUCUCUUGAGAGAUGCUUACAAAUGGAUGUGCUUAUUUAUUGUAUAGCCUAUUUGACUUUUAAAAUGAGUUCUUUAAUAAAUCUUAAUGAAGUUUCUUAUAUGUGCCCUAAACUAUUCCAGAGCUUUAUUGUAGUUUUAUUUACAUCAGCUGUCUUCAUGCUCUAUUCUCUCAGAUGCCUGCAUGUGAAUUGUGAAGCCCAAAAACGUUAAAUGGAAAAGCCCAUUUAUGCCGAAAUGGUCACAAUAACCGAAAUGCCCGGUUUAUCCCAAACUUCCAGUCGGUUUCCUUCUCGUUCGCAGCUCGUAAUUGUUGUCCCCAUCAUCGCUCGUGCUGUAAAACGGCCGUUUACACAGCCACCAUUUAAUAUGGGUUUUAGUAAAAUGCGUUAAGAUAAUUUACUCAUUUAAUAUCAUGCCACUGCUUACAGGCCAUCCAUCCCCAAUUUAAGAUGCAUGAAAUUGUGAUCAUGAACUUGGAACACCGUCUCUCUCUAGCCGAGGAGGAUAUUGGUGCAGAACGCCACGCGUGAUGCGGGUGACAGUCGAGACUGAAUACGUGUGAUAUUAGAGUUAAUUAAAGCUUUGCGCCCCAUCUCCUGCAAAUGCUCGCACUCCUGCAAUUAAGAAUCAAAGGCGAGGGCUUAGUGUCAGGGGGGUGUCUAAUACAUGGUUUUAACAGGAAUGGGACCUGAUUUGCCCAGCUCCUAGCGACAAGCAUUAACAACAGCCCCAAAUUAGGCAGAC